AUGGCAUAUGGAAUCAGAUUAAUUGGAGGUAUAAUUACCUUAUAUUUAUUCUAUGUUUGGACAUUUGUAUGUCCGUUGACUACAAUUGACACUGAAUCUACCAAUUCAUUAACACCCAUCAAUCAUCAUUUUUGUUCAUUGAGUAAUAAAUACAUCAAACCUCAAUUUUAUCCAAUAUAUCAAGCCCACAUUAAUCCUGUUUUAAUUAAUUUAGAUGAAUCUUUACAUGUUGGUGAAAAUAUCGAUAAAUCAAUUGAAAUAAUCCAUAAUUUCAAUCAUCAAUAUAAAAUAAGUGAUUAUUACCAUCGAGUAUGUGAUUUAUUAAUUGAUUCAACUCAACAAGGAAUAAAUUAUUUUCAAGAUAAUAUAACUCCUCAAUUAUCAAGAUGGUUUAAAUUAUUUAUAUUGAGAAUUAGAAUGUAUUAUGAAAUUUCUAAAAUCAAUUUAGAAUAUUAUUUAUAUCCCACAAUUAAUAAAACUUAUAAACAAGUUGUUGAUAAAUUGAAAUCAAUUGAAUUUAUUAAUGAUUUUAUAAAUUGGAUAAAUGAAAUUUAUUUAAAAUUGGCUACAUCUAAACAUGCAUUGAAAUUACAACAAAAAUCAAAUUUUUUACAAAAUGAAUUCAAAAAUUUAGUUACAUUUGAUGAUUUUAAUCCUAAAGAAAUUAAAAAUAAUGUAUUGCAAAUAGUUAAAGAUAUGCUUGGUGAAAAAUCAAUUGAUGAGAAAUCGAUUGAACAAACUUUGACUGAUGAACCAACUGGAGAUGAAAUACCAUUGGAAUUAACUCCAACUGAACAAACUAUUUCCAGUGAAACCGCAAAUAAUAAUGUAUCAGGUGAUGAUGAAGUGCAUGUGGAAGAAGUUUCUGCAGAAGAGACUCCAGAUGAAGAAGUGCCUGUUGAAGAGACCCCGAUUGAAGAAGCGCCUAUUGAAGAAAUUCCAACUGAAGAGGAACCAAUUGAAGAAACCUUUAAGGAAGAAACCACAAUUGAGGAAACCCCUACUGAAGAAAUCUUUAUUGAAGAAACCCAUAUUGAAGAUACCCCAAUUGAAAAGUAUAAGGCUGAGGUUGAGGAGGAAGAGGAGGUUGUUAUUGAAGAAGAAGUUGUGGUUGAGGAAGAUGAAAUUGAAAUUGAACCAGAAAUUCCAAGUAGCAAUGAUGAUGAAGAUGAAGACGAUUCUGAACUUGAACCGGAAACUAUACAUUUAACAUCAACUAUUGUGGUAACUCAAAGUGAAAGUGAAGUCACUGGCGUUAAUGAUGCUGUUUCAACUGAUGAUCCUGUUUGGGGACCAAUUCUUCAUGAAAUCAAUUAUUGGGAAACAAAAGUUAAUAAAACUAUGAUAUUAGCUCUUAAUAAUUUAAAAAUUGAAAUGAAACCUAAGAUUGAUGAAAUUAUUAACGAUAUAAAACCGGAAAUUAGUGAUAUUUUACAAGAUUUACAAAAAACCAAUUAUGAACAAUAUCAAUUAAUUCAUCGGAAAAUAUCACAAAUUAAUAAAGAUUAUGAAGAAAUCAAAUUAACUAAUAAUAGUUUGAUUGAAACCAUUACUCGUCAAGAAAUUAGAGAUGAUAUUUCAAAUUGUACAAAAACUUCUGAAGAUGCAUCACUGAAGAUUCAAGAAAUCCUAAACAAUAAUCAUGAAAAACUUUUGACAAUUUUUUAUGAAGUAUUACAAGACACGAUAGAUAUUUUAGAAACAUCGAGUGAAUCUGUUAUAAAUGAAUUUAAAAAUCAAUUGAAUUAUUUCAUUUAUCAAUCUGACCUCAAGGAUGAUGAUGAAAUAAAUUGGACAAUUUGGAAAAAAUAUCAUAAAAUUAAAGAAUCAUUAUUUGAAUUUAGAGAUAAUUUAAUUAAAGAUGCUGAUGAUUAUCAAGUAGAUAAUAAAAAAAAUUCUGUUGAUAAAUUAACAAAUGAUUCAUUGAAUGAAUGGGAUAAUUAUUUGAAAAAUAUUGAAUUUCAUUUGAAUUUUUUGAUUAGUGAUAAUAUUGAAUUUUUACAAUUGAUUAGAGCUAAAGCUAAUAUUGCUUUUCAAAUGAGAGAAGGAUUAGUUGAUGAAUUGAAUAGAAUUGAAAAAGAAAAGCAAGAACAACUCGAAAAAGAAAAAGAAAGAGAGCAAAAAAAAGCUAAGGAUAUAAAGAUUGAGACUCCAGAAUUGGUUGAUAUUCCAAAUGGUGCAGGAGGUGUAGUGGAUGCAAAACAAGUAUAUUUUGAAUAUUCUGAUGAUUCAGAAGGAUUGGGGAAUUUUGUGAAUGAUCUGAUUAUUAUUGAAUCAGAAGAUCUAGAUAAAUCUGAAACAAUUUCCCAACAAUCAUCUACAGUUUCAGAAAUCUAUUAUUAUGAACAUACUGUUGGACCUAAUGAAGAUGUUGCCGAUGCUAAUGAUUUUAUUGUGGAAACAACGAUUGUUGAAUCGGAACCAUCUACUGUAUCAGGAGAAGUGGAAAUAUCAAAUAUGGACCAAGAAGUUAUAGAAGAAGAAGUAGUAGAGGAAGUUGAAAUUGAAAUUGAAAUUGAUACUGAUGUUGAAUUUGAAUUUGAAACAGAAAUUGAAACAGAAAUUGAAACUAAAACUCAAUUAGACAUUCAAUUUGAUACUGAUGUUGAAAUUGAAUUUGAAACUGAAUAUGAAACACAAAUUGAAACUGCAUUUGCAACAGAAAUUGGGGUGUCUGAUGUUGAAACUAGUUCCGUUGAUACCUCUUCUUCAAUAGCAGAUGUCACCUCCCAGUCUAUUGAAUCAUCACCAAUUGAAAGUGUGGUUGAUAAAGACGACAACAACGAUGACAACAACGAUAGCGAUGAUGACGAAGAUGAUGAUUAUGAAGUUGUUGUAGAAGAAGAACAAAUUUUGAUUCUAGAAGAAGAGGAGGAGGAGGAAGAUGAACAAGAAACUGCCAAAAAAUUAUGA